UUCACCCCGCUCCACGCCGCCCACCAGGCGGGGAUGGAAGGGCCGCUCGCAAACAGCGGGACACAGUAGGACCCGUGCGUCCUCUCCCCUCACUCCCUGGGCACGGGGAUGCUGCCCUUGGGCAUCAGACAGACCUGAGGACUCCCCACUCUCAGCCAAGAGACCUUGGGAACCUCAGUUUCCUCAUCUGUAAAAUGGGGAUGGCAGCCCCACCUCCUAGGACUACUGUGAGAAGGAAGUUCGCUCCUAAGAGUGAAGUGAGCCACAUUGCUAAGUGCUCUAAGAAUGGUCACUUAGAAACUAAGAGAGGCCAGGCCCCGAGACUCGGCCUGGGCACAGCGCUGCUCUGGCACAGCACCUCCUGUUUGACCAAGUCUUGGUCCUAGGACGUUGUUGUUGUUCAUGAGCCCAACCCUGAGCCAGAUGGUGUCUGGGCUGCCAGGUGGCCUGAAUGUGGCUGACUUCCGGAAGGUGCUGAUGAAGACAGGGCUGGUGCUGGUGGUGCUGGGCCACGUGAGCUUCAUUGCAGCCGCUCUACUCCAUGGCACCGUGCUGCGCUACGUGACUGCCCCGCACGAUGCUGUGGCCCUGCAGUACUGCGUGGUCAACAUCGUCUCUGUCACUUCUGCCAUCGUGGUCAUCACAUCAGGCAUUGCAGCCAUCGUGUUGUCACGCUACCUCCCCAGCAUCCCCCUGCGCUGGACAGUGUUUAGCUCGAGUGUGGCAUGUGCCCUUCUGUCUCUGACCUGUGCUCUGGGCCUCUUGGCCUCGAUCGCUGUGACGUUUGCCACCCAGGGCCAUGCACUACUGGCUGCCUGCACUUUUGGAAGCCCCGAAUUGCUAGUACUGGUGCCUGACUGUCCCUUCGACCCCACACGCAUUUAUAGCUCCAGCCUGUGCCUCUGGGGCAUUUCGCUAGUUCUCUGCGUGGCAGAGAGUGUGUUUGCUGUACGCUGUGCCCAGCUCGCCCACCAGCUGCUGGAACUGAGGCCGUGGUGGGGAAAAAGCAGCCACCGCAUGAUGCAGGAGAGCCCAGAGCCUGUGGAGGGCCGUGACCUGCUGAGCUGUACCAGUUCUGAGCCGCUGACUCUCUGAGAGCUGAUGUCCGGUCCAGGCCCCAUGACCACUAUGGCCCUACAACCAAGUCUGCACUGUGACCAGGCCAGGAUUCCUGGAGCAGACCCGAGAGGCUCACUGGUCACUCAGGGACCCCACUGGGGCUUUCCACCCCCUCCUUCAGCUACCCAGCCCACUGCGCUGAAAUGAGACUUUAUUCUGAAGUUAUUAAAAAGAACAGAGAUGCUCCACA